AUGGCUCGCUCGAUUCCCGGGCUCCUUACUAUUGCAGCAUGUCUGUUUCUGACUGCUUCGGCCCAUCCACUGGCGGCUAGCCUGUAUCCUACCAUUCUACGCAGAGAUACCACGGCAGCCAGCAUUGAGCCUGCGUCAGCAAUUUCUCUCUACUAUCAAGCCAUCAACUCAAGCUCGAUUGGCGCUUUCGUCCAGGCCGACUUGCAGCUCCCUUCCAUCGUUCUCGAAGACGUCAAUGACUUGUCGAGCGUGACCUGUUCUGCUGAGAGUGUGACGGUGACGUUCAAUUCCACCGCCACAUUUGACCAAGCAUACUCUUCCUGGCCACGCUCAGGCUUACUGCUCGUCACCAACCACCUGGGCAAUUGCGACGCCGAAGCCGAACGCGGAAUAUACCACGCGGCCUCUCUCCUCUUCAACCGCUCAACUCUGACCAUCACCGCCUCAACAAGCAAGACCAGCCUCCAGCAACAAGCCAAGAACGUCACCAUUGCCUUUGGCCAGCCUGCCCCGACUCAACGCAAGCGCGAGCUCACAACCAGCGUGGACCUCGCCUGGUCGGGAGACCUCAUCCGCACCCCCGCCCUGACCAUCCACGCCAACGAGGCCACCCUCGACGCGUCAGUCACCAUCGACGGGAUCAUCCAGUACAACAUCGAGACGCAGAGCGCAAUAUCCCUCGGCAUCGACCUCGCGUUCGCCAUGGACUCGGCCCUGAGCAUCUCCGCCUCGGCGGCAGGCUCCUUCCUGCGCAACGCGUACACCUACAAAUGGAACGCCGUCGAGGCCGCCGGCUUCUCCAUCCCCGGCAUCCUGACCGUCGGGCCGGUCCUGGAUCUCAACGUCGGCGUGGACAUGGGCAUGAACGGGACCGCCGACGCCGUCAGCAACAUGACCAUGUCCAGCAACGGGCUGUUCCAUCUCGAUCUCCUCAAUAUGACCGAGAGUUCCGUGAGGGGUUUCUCCCCGACGGCUACCGCGACGGCGAGGCUGUCUGCCUUGGCGGACGCGCAGAUGGACCCGUUCGUCGGGGCGGAGGUCGGGGUGACGGUGAAUCUGUUUGAGGGACUGCUUGAUCUGUCCUCUGGCUUGCAGGCCAGGGCGACGGUUGUGAAUGUGUUUAGUGUCGAUGCGGACAUGGUCGGCGAUAACGGGGAUGUGACGCUGGUUCCUGGGGAUGGGGAUUGCGAUAAUGGGUACUGGUUCACAAGUGACUUUUGGUUUAAUGUGACGGCGACGAUGACGGCGCUGUACACGGCGGAUCUGUACCAUGUCGAUAUGCCGAUGUAUCAGACCUCGUGUAUCUUGUUUUAG